CCUCCCCAGCACGUUCUUGUGAUAGAGUCUGCAGAUACAGAGGCUGCAGGUCCUGAAGGAUUGUCUCUGGUCAAGCAGGAGAAGACUGAAGGAGAGGAGGACCCACAGCACAGCAGAGACAUCCAGACUGGAGCGGCUGUAGCACCCCCUGUAGCUACAGAGGACCCCACCAACGCRCCAGCGCAGCCCAGGACUCAACGCYGCAUCAUGGAGGUCAGUGGAACGCUGAACUCCGUCCUCAAUUCCGAGACAGACACCAAGACUUUAACUGUAACACACAGYCUUUUACACACAGGAUCUGACCACAGACCAGACCCAAAGAGACUUGGGCUGUGGAGACUGGGCUGUCCUCCUGCUCCCGGCUCAGACUAUGUACCGGUAUUUCACCAGAACGAGAGGACGGUUCAUUCCCGUGAGGAUGGUGAUGGUGACGCGUUAGACACUGGCAGUAAUGAUCCGUCUUGUUCUUACGCUACAGAGAUGGACCCUGGKAACAUGCCCUUGGGUUUAGAGACACAGACUGAUCUGUCUAGAGGGGACUGGAACCAGUACAGUAGUAGUGUAUACUCUGAAGGGUGCCAAGAUAAGAAAGUGGAGGGUCUGGUUGUAGAGGAAGUGACUGUGAAAGUGGAGGGUGACAUUUCUCCCACAUGGAAUGCAGAUAGUCACUUAGGAGACGGACCCUCACAGGGAAGAUAUUUCUUAGAUUACAGGGAAAGCUUAGAGAAAAAUCCAAAUGUCGCAACCCACUCGCCUUCAUACGCGUUCGGGGACCGUGACCCAGUGUCCACGUCGAUGGGGCCUUCCGAUUCACACAGCCGCAUCCUUUUCGAUCAGGUAUUGCACUCAAACGACAGUGCUAGAGCCCAGGCUCGGGGAGGGGGAGAAACAUCAGGCAAUAGUAAAGAGAAACGGUUCCUCUGCAUGUUCUGUAACAAAGGCUUCAGCAGCCCUCAGAGUGUGGAGAUCCACCAGAGGGUCCACAGAGGGGUUAAACCCUUCAGCUGUACCCAGUGUCACAUGCGCUUCAGCCAGUCUAGUGACCUGAAGAGGCACCAGAGGGURCACAGAGGGGUGAAACCCUUCAGCUGUACACAGUGUCUAAUGCGGUUCACCCAGUCUAGUGACCUGAAGAGGCAUCAGAGGGUCCAUACAGGGGAGAAACCCUUCAGCUGCCCCCAGUGUGACAUGCGCUUCACCCAGGCUGGCAGCCUGAAGAGGCACCUGAAGGUCCACACAGGAGAAAGGCCGUUCGCCUGUCCGCACUGCGGGAAGAGGUUCUCAGAGAGGAGAUACCUUAGGAUACACCAGCAGAAAAKCCAUUCCACUCUAUAAACUAGAAACCAUUGCAUGUUAUAGCGUAUUACGUUUCGAUCAAACCCUGCGUUGUCAGCAGAAAAGAUCCACAGAUGCAUUUGGAGUAGAGAAAGUAACACAUUUCAGUGUUGAAUAUUCCUGGUUUGAAUAUUGCAUCUGACAACUUGAAUGAAAAAUUUGUGAGGAUGGUAGCGGCCUAUAUGGCCACUCCUAUUUGCCAUCUCUUCAGUAUAAGCCUACAGGAAAGUAAUUGUCCUCAGGCCUGGAGGGAAGCAAA